GUGGGAUCUUAGUUCCCCAAUCAGGGAAUGAACCCAUGCCUUCUGCAGUAGGAGUGCAAAUUCUUAACCACUGGACCUAAGCCCUAAAUUUUUGUAAUUCCUAUUCUUUACUAUUGAAUCAUUUACAGCAAAUAUUUUCACUAAAGCUGAUCUACUUAGAGUGAGGGAAAUUCCUUAGACUUUAUUGGGUAUUUACUUUCCCAAUACUAUAAUCUUCUAGAAUACUCACCACUUAAUUACACGUAUUAGUACCCUUUAAAAUGUUUACAGAAAAGCAGACUACCUGAAACUAAUGCCAGUUUAGCUUUGCAGGCUGGAAUCUGUUCUGAAUAGUGGUCUGGAAGGAACUUUGGAUUUAGAGGGAAAAGGUUGGGAACAAUUUGAACAUAAAAACUAUUUUCUCAUGAGUUCCAUUUUAAUAUUGAAUAAAUUCACAAUUUCUGUUUUUCCUUUGUAUCUUCUUAUAAGGUCAUUUGUCAUUUUGAGAAGGAACGCUCUGCAGGGUUUCAGCGUUGCUAUCAUGGCCGCUGCCUCUCCUCUGAGGAAACUGGAGGACGAGGUGCUGUGUUCUAUCUGUCUUGACUACUUGAAAGACCCCGUUACCGUCGACUGUGGUCAUGUCUUCUGCUAUCACUGCAUCAUUAAGGUCUGUGAAUCUGCUCAGUAGCCAUUAUAUUGUUCUCUCUGCAAGACAGCCUUUAAGAAAGAGAAUAUCCGCCAUGUGUGGCAGAUGGCCAGCAUAGUGGAGAACAUCUGGAGGAUGAAAGUAGAUGAGGAGAGACAACCCAGAGAGGACAGACCGCUCGAGCAGAGAGCGGAGAAGCUGUGAGGGCAGCAUCUGGAGAAGCUGUAUUACCACUGCAAGGACGACCAGCAGAUCCUGUGUGUCGUGUGUCGGGCGUCCCGGGAGCACAGGCACCACGCUGCUCUUCUGCUGGAGAAAGCUGCCCAGUCUUAUCGGGGUAGAAUUCUAAACCAUCUGAAGAUUCUGAAAGGAGACCGGGACAGGAUUCAGAAUUUUCAGUCUACAGGAGAAGAUGAGAUUCAGGCCCUGCUGGCAAAAUUCCAGAAUCACAAGCAAGAUAUAGCAUCAGUGUUUGAGCAGGGCUAUCAGUUCCUGAGAGAAAGGGAGCAGUACCUGUUGGAGUGGCUGGAGGGAAUGGAGCAACACCUUUCUGAAGGAAGGAACAACCAUGUCACCAAGGGCUCUGAGGAGGUCAUCCGGCUGGGGACCCUGAUUUCUGAGCUAGAGAAGAAAGCUCGGCAGCCAGCACUUGAACUUUUGCAGGACCCAAGUGACAUAACAAGCAGAUACCCCCGGAAGAAGUUCUGGAUUGAAAAGCCUAUCAGUCCUGCAAUCAGAAAACAGAUGGAAGAAUUUUCAGAUAAACUUCUUUGUUUAGAGAAAGGACUCAGAGGAUUCCAUGGAAAAUAGAUGAGGGAGCUGCAAUAUAAGACAAUGAGGAUCAUCCUGGAUUCCCAGACAGCCAAUGGCUACCUCUCAGUGUCUCCAAAUGGGAAGAGUAUGAUGCUCACUGGCUUGCGGAUGAACAAAUACCAGCGUGGUCAGCGAUUUGAUCCGGAGCCGGGGGUGCUGGGCAGUAAGGGCUUCACAUGGGGCAAAGGGUACUGGGAAGUGAAAGCGGACAGGAUCUGGUGGGAAGCAGAGGAGGAAGAAGACGCAAGGAGAGACAAGGCUGGAAGCAGAGGCGUGUUUGGCAGUAGACAUCUUGGUGGAUUUAUAGGCAUCACUGAUGGGUAUCAUUCUCCUGGAUAUAGAGAGAAGAAUGAGGAGUUGGAGGGGGAAUGGUCUCAGGAAAAUGGAAUAUGGCCAAAAUUAUGCCUGGUGGGGGUGGCAAGAGAGUCAGUGGUGAGAAGGGGAUUUCUCAACUUCACCCCCGAGGAGGGGUUCUGGACUCUGCAGCUGUCCUCAGCUGGGGUGUCUAUAUGCACCAGCCCUGAGCCCUUCCAGAUUCUGUCCUACUGGCCCCGGCAGAUUGGAGUUGCUCUGGAUUAUGAUGGUGGGAAGGUAACCUUUACCAAUGCCAGAACUCAAGAGUUCAUCUAUGAAUACUCAUCUGCCUUCACUGGGAGAAUUUUCCCUUUCCUGUGGCUUAACUGCGUGAGAUCCAAACUUACACUGAGACCCUGAGAGAAGAGCUCCGGGUUUUCUCAUUUAUCCUUUGUUCCUUUUCCUCAUUCCCAGCUCUCUGCCUCAGCCGGAUGGUCCUGCUGGGUUUCUGAAAGCACUCAGAUGAUAAGCAUUAUGGCAGUCAUGAGUCUCUUGUCCUCGCUGAUUUGUCUCUGAAAUGGGGACGGUAAUAGUUGAUCUUCUUUCUCUAAGAGGAAUGGUUGGAAUGUCUUUAAUGUGUUUAUUAAAAUGUGUGUUAACUGA